AAAGAAGAAAUAAAAUCUAUAAAAUUCCAAACUUUUAAGCUCAUAAUCUCCAAACCUACAAUUCUUACAAAAAUGAAUCCAGUUGUUGAAAAGUCUGUUGGUGAUAUAACUUACACUAUCACUGGGCCCGGUGCCCCUGCUACUGAAAAUCCUCCUCGUGGAGGUGCCGUUAACGAUUGUUGUAUUAUGUAA